CCUUCCCCCGUCUCCUCCUCCUGCUCCCCGUCCGUGCCCUGCGGCGGGCUCGGAGCAUGGCGGUGCCGCGGUUCCUGCGGGCAGCAGCCCCGCGGCUCUACAGCACCGUCCCGGUCCCGGCCACGGCCACGGCCACGGCCCCGGCGGCGACCCGACCCCGCGCUGACGAUGACAAGCUGCUGACCGAGCCUCUCAGYCACCCCGACUUCUUCAGCGUGAAGGAGCUCUUCACCCUGAAAAAUCUCUUUGAUGCUCGGGUGCAUCUGGGACACAAAAAGGGAUGUCGGCACCGGUUCAUGGAGCCCUACAUCUUCGGCUGCCGCCUGGAUCAGGACAUCAUCGACCUGGAUCAGACCAUGCAGCACCUGCAGCUGGCCCUCAACUUCACCGCCCACGUCGCCUACCGCGGGGGCAUCAUCCUGUUCAUCAGCCGCAAGCGCCAGUUCUGCCACCUGAUCGAGAGCACGGCGCGGGCGUGCGGGGAGUACGCUCACACCCGCUACUGGCAGGGCGGGCUCCUCACCAACGCCCACAUCCAGUUCGGCCCCGGCGUCCGCCUGCCCGACCUCAUGGUCUUCCUCAGCACCCUCAACAACGUCUUCGAGCCGCACGUGGCCAUCCGGGACGCAGCCAAGAUGAGCAUCCCCACYGUGGGCGUGGUGGACACGAACUGCAACCCGUGUUUGAUCACCUACCCCAUUCCCGGCAAUGACGACAGCCCCGCGGCCAUGGAGCUCUACUGCAAGCUCUUCAGGAUGACCAUCAUCCGUGCCAAGGACAAGAGGMGGCAGAGCGAGGCCAUGGAGGAGCUGCGGAGCAAAGCCCAGGGCAAUUAGAGCCUCGGUGAUGGUGUCCUGCUCCAUUUCUGUAGGACUGGCUCUGCAGACAGAGCUGCCUUUUGGCAGAGCUGGCUGCUUGGGGAAGGGCCCCCCAGUCCUGUGUACAGUGAUCCCACAGUGGUCACAGCCAUGGAGGGUCUCUAGCUCCAAAAAAAUUGUCCAGAGCAAUGCAAAGGAAAAUGGAGCCAGGCCAGACCCUCCUCCUGGGUUUGUCACUGUUGCAGGGAGACGCCGCUGUCUUGUGGCUUUUCUGAGCUCGUGAUCUCACCUGAAACCACUUGCAUCUUGCGCUUCUUCUUAGCAAAUAAAGGGAUUUUUACCUGUG